AUGGGGACUCAUGAAAUUCUCAAGGUGUCAAGACUGCCUACCCGGCUCCAAUUCUCGGCUCACCGACACAGCUACGCUCACCAAGACCAAGGCCCAGGUCACCACCUUGCCAAAUACCCACCCGCUGAAUUUGCUCUAGACACCCAACUCGGAAGGAGAGCCCAAUCCGUGCCCUUUUCUUUCCUUGUCAAGGCUUGGGUGCCCGGACCCAAGGAUCCAAACCCCUUGCCAAAACCCGACACUGCUCAAGACACCCACUUGCCGACUCUGCCCAAACAGCCCAGCUCAAACUAA